AUCGCAACGACAGUUGCCGAGGGCUUGUGUUGGCAGGUGGGAAGUUCAGGCGGUCGCGGCGUGUUGUCGGGGGCCACUCGGCACCAAUUUUCAAGACAGCCUUGGCUUGGACGUCUCGUCCCACCGCGCGGCUCCGGACCUUGAGUGAUUAUUACAAUGGAAGAAACCAAUAAUUUCAAGACACCAAGCAGAUUAUCUGAAAAAAAGAAAUCUGCAUUGUGUUUAACUCCAUGCAUAAAUAUUCCUGCCUCUCCGUUUAUGCAGAAGCUUGGCUUUGGUACUGGGGUAAAUGUCUACCUCAUGAAAAGAUCUCCAAGAGGUUUGUCUCAUUCUCCUUGGGCUGUGAAAAAGAUUAAUCCUAGAUGUAAUGAUGAUUAUCAGAGUAUGUAUCAAAAGAGACUAACUGAUGAAGCUAAGAUUUUGAAAAGCCUUAAUCAUCCAAACAUUAUAGGUUACCGUGCCUUCACUAAAGCUAGCGAUGGUAGUCUAUGUCUUGCUAUGGAAUACGGAGGUGAAAAGUCUCUGAAUGACUUAAUAGAAGAACGAAAUAGAGAUAGCCGAGAUCCUUUUCCAGCAGCCAUAAUUUUAAAAGUUGCUUUGAAUAUGGCAAGAGGGUUAAAGUAUUUGCACCAAGACAAGAAACUGCUUCAUGGAGAUAUAAAGUCUUCAAAUGUUGUUAUUAAAGGUGAUUUUGAAACAAUUAAAAUCUGUGAUGUAGGAGUCUCUCUACCAUUGGAUGAAAAUAUGACUGUGACUGACCCUGAGGCCUGUUACAUUGGCACUGAGCCUUGGAAACCUAAGGAAGCUCUGGAGGAGAAUGGUAUUAUUACUGACAAGGCAGACAUAUUUGCCUUUGGCCUUACUCUGUGGGAAAUGAUGACUUUAUCUAUUCCACACAUUAGUCUUCCAGAUGAUGAUGAUGAUGAAGAUAAAACUUUUGAUGAAAGUGACUUUGAUGAUGAAGCAUACUACGCAGCUUUGGGAACUAGGCCACCUGUUAAUAUGGAAGAACUGGAUGAAUCAUACCAGAAAGCAAUUGAGCUCUUCUCUGUAUGCACUAAUGAAGACCCUAAAGAUCGUCCUUCUGCUGCGCACGUAGUUGACGCUUUGGAAAUGGAUGUCCUGUGAUCACCUCAUACACAUUGCUACCGGAGCUUCAAGUAUAGCUUGUGUGUAUAGCUGUUCUGUUUACCAUAAUACAUUUAUAUAGUUAUUACGAUGACCCAUAAUUAUUAGACUUUUCAGAAGUGACCUAUUUUAGGACCAUAGAUAGCACCUUUUUAACAUUUGAACGACUAUUUCUAUUAUAAAAGUGUUUCGUGUAUGCUUAUGCUAAUAAGCAUUUGAGAUU